UGUUAUGGUCCUGAAGUCAGAACAUUCAUAACUGGUUAUGAUUCUGGUGUUAGAACAUUUAUAACAAGUUAUGAUCCUAGCAUCAAAACAUUAAUGACAUGUUAUGAUCUCAGUAGAUCUGUAAUUCAUAGUAUAUCUGCUUUAAUCUACC